GCGGGCCGUUCAGGGCGCCAGUGCGUCUCCGGGAGUGACUCCCAGGCCCACGGCGGAGGCGACACUUCAGCCACGAGAUGCUUUGCUAGCAGUGUCAAGAACUGAUUCUUUGGCAGGACACUUCGCAGGGCUAAAUAUCCCCAGAUCUGUUCUUCAUGCAACGUGGUGUCAAGAUCCAUUGUCAUCCUGUUCAUUCUCCUCUAAACGUGGUCUAGCCUGGAUAUUUUACCUCUUACCCAGGAGGGUCCAACCCUCCAAGUGAGGCCCUCUGCUGUUCUAGCUCCUUCAUUCCAAACACUACUUUAUGAGUGAAACCCAGGAUCUCAGAUUUUUCCCCCUUAAGAAUCCAUAAUCCACUGUUUCAUAUGCAACUCCCUACUGGAGAUAUAUAUAUAUAUUUCCACAUAUGUACUCAGUCCUGUCGUGAAACUGGUUCUGAACAACUAGGAGAUGAAUUUUCUAAAAUCUCACGAAGAGCUGCCGCCUCAGGUUCCUGGCAGGACGUGCAGUCCCCGAGGCUUCUUUCACGGUGUUGUCCCUCGGGACCCUUUCUCUUUCUCGUCUCAGGCACCAGGCAUGACCCGGAAGAUCUUCACAAGCACGCGGGAGCGGUGGAGGCAGCAGAACGUCAACAGCGCCUUUGCCAGGCUGAGGAAGCUCAUCCCCACUCACCCGCCAGACAAAAAGCUGAGCAAAAAUGAAACGCUCCGCCUGGCCAUGAGGUACAUCAACUUCCUGGUCAAGGUCUUGGGGGAGCCGGGCCCGCAGCCGGCGGGAGUUGCUGCGCGGGGAAAGCUUCCGGGGCUCUUCCCCUGGGCACCCCACGUGCCUGAUGGCGGCCGGGGUCCUCCGCCCGGCCCGGGCUGCCACGUCCCCUAGCGCCGCUCGGCGUCCUCACCCGGGCACCCCGGGUUCAGAAGUCACUGGCUGUCCACAGUCUUUUGUUUGUUCCAGAGUCAAUUUGAUGAAUGAUUUGUGAGGCAAGAAUUGACCCUUCGUAGUACAUUCCUCAGGGGCAGCCACAGGGAGCCGAGGCCAAGACGAAUGGCAUUUUGGAAUCCGCCAUGCCCCGCUGCAGUUGACUUUAUGUAUCUGGUUCUUGACUUUAUGUAUCUGGGUUCUCCGUCAGAUGUUUGAGAAGAAAACACAAAAGCCUGUGAUAAAAAAGGUUUCAAAAUCAUUGUUUUACUCUAUAAGUUAUAAGAAAGGAGUUUUCACUGAAUGGGUCUCAGAUGGAUGAACAGAAAAUGCUUCUCUUCGAAUAUUUUUUUUGAAGUUUGUUUUGCAAAAUGAGGCCCUGUUGAUCAAGGGUGAACAAAAUAAAUUUUAAGUUCAACGAAUGAAAAGAAAGCCCCUGAAGAAACCAACCUGGGAGACUUGGGAGGAAAUCUCCUGAGGUGUGAGGGUGACAGGAACCCAGAACAUAAACGUGGAGGAGCUUUGCAUCCUUGAAUCGCUAUGGAAACAUGAGGUGUUACUGGUAUUGAGACAUUGAUGCUUUACAGACACCAUCUGUAAAGCCAAACAGUGCAUAUCUGUUAGAGGAAAAGACUGGAUAAUUAACAAAUUAAACUUCAUUGUACUCUUAUGAAAAAGAGUUAGUUAAAAUGGGUUAGCUAACCCCUUUGUUUCACAUGCCAGGAUUAAAACUAAUAACUCUGCCUGAGUUCCUGCUGAUUGAAGACAUUAUUUAUUCUUUCCUCUGACAUUGAAUCAAAAUAACACUUUUCAUAUUAGGACUGUUUUAAUGUGUUGCCAAGGAAGGCAGAAAGGUUCUCUUUGUGACUUUACUGCACUUUUCUGUAAAAGUGUGUACGACAAAGAUUUUUUCUGAUGAAGUGUAACAGAGUACUCCUGGAAAGGCUGAGAAGUUUGAGUUACUGUUUAACUCUGUGAGAGGGAUAAUUAAAGAAAUCCUGCAGGGAAUCCUUUGAUAAAUAAAAGAGCCUGUAAAAUACUACUUUAUGUAACUCACCUAUUCAAAUUAUUUCUUUUGCAAGCUUGUAUUUUUGUAUAUCAACUUGUGUUUGGUUAAAGUGACUGUCAAAAGGAAUUCUCGUCAUGUAUAAACCAGGUGACCUUAACAAGGUGUCCAUGAGACUGGAAGUUAAUUCAAAAGUCACUCUAGAGUCUUCCUUGGUGACCUGCACCUGGACAUUGCAGUAGGGAGAAUUUAUGGUGCAAACCCACCAUAGUUCACUAGAUCAUAAUCUCUUCAUGGAAUUUUUUGAGUCCCACAGAAAAGUUUUGGCAGUUUAUAAUAUAACCUGUGCUAUUGUUUUGCUUGAAAAGAGGGACAUGUUUCAUCUGCUGGGGACACCAUUGGAAACUUCUGGAACCAGGCAUAAACAGGUCCAUUGAUUCAUAGAAUGUCAGAACUGAAAGAUACUUUUGAGAUCUGCUAAUUCCACCCCCUCAUUUUACAGAGGAGUAAACAAGUUCAGAGGGUUAUAACGUGACUUUCCCCAGGUCACAUGGAAACCCAGGAUGCAAGGCAAAUUCUCCUGACUGUGUCUAGUCUAUCGACAGCCCUGUUCAGCCACCGAGGAUUUUAGGAUUGAAAAUAGACAAGUGCUUUAUCAUCCUGCUUAGCUCUUUCCUAUAGCAUUUGGGAAUCUUCCUCAUGUUCCGCUUUUAUUGAAAUUGAAUUAUUGUGCUUUGUAGAAUGUGAUUAGAUGUAUCAAACCAAAGAUUUUAUUUAUUGAUGUCUUGUGAAUUUUUAACCAUUAAUUAUAAUCUAUU